AUGUCCACAGUCCUGGACCAUGUGAUGGAGACAGGGCUCAAAGAGCAGCUGCCUCAGACUCUCACCCAGAUGUACAUCCACUUCCUGGUGGUCCAGGCCAAGUCAAAAGCCUCAAGAGUGGAGCAGCUGUGUUGUGGACUGAAGAGCGCCACCUGCAGACUGGAGGUCCUCAGACUCUCAGGAUGUGUGGUCUCUGAGAGGGGCGGAGCUGCUCUGGCCUCUGCUCUAAGCUCCGCCCACUCUCAUCUGACAGAGUUAGACCUGAGCUACAACCAUCCAGGAGCCUCAGCAGAGGUCCUGACCGCUGUACGGGACCACCCCCACUACCCCCUGCACACACUCAGGCUGGACCCGGCUGGAGAGAGGUGGAUGGUCACAGGUCCAAGGAAGUACUUCUGUGACGUCUCUCUGGAUCCAAACACGGCCAAUAACACUCUGCAGCUGAGUGAGUACAGAAGGACAGUGACCAGAGUGGAGGCGCUGCAGCUGUACCCCUCUCACCAGGACCGCUUCAGCUCCUGCCCACAGCUGCUGAGCUCCACCGCCCUCACAGGACGCUCUUACUUUGAGGUGGAGUGGAGCGGAGAUGUAGUUAUAGCACUGAGUCACAGAGGAAUCGGACGCAGAGGAGACCUGGACCAGUGUCGCUUUGGGGACAAUGAUCAGUCCUGGAGUCUGAGGAUGGAAGGAGACAGGAGGUCUUUUUAUCACUGUAAAAGGAAAACACAAGUGGACUACUACUACAAACAAAGAGUAGGUGUUUUCCUGGACUCUGAGGCUGGAGUUCUGUAUUUCUCUGAGGUUGAUUAUGGUAAAUCCUGGUCCCCCCUCCACUCCGUCAGCGUCUCCGUCUCAGAGCCGCUGUUUGUUGGGUUCAGUCUGGAGCGUCCUGGUUCCUCUGUGUCUCUGCUGAACUUUGACAAUGAAGAUGAUUGA